GACACCCGAUACGGUGAAACUCAGACACACAGGCCGUUACUCUCAGAGUAGAUAACGCUCGAUGCGGCAGUCGCUGUAACAGAGGGAUGCUGCUUGGAAACUAAGCUCUUUAGAAAGGUGCAAGUUGUGAGAGUUUUGGACCCAGUGUGAGACAAUGUGUUGCUGGGUGUCCCCUGGAUACCUUUGGGGGUGUGGCCUUACCCUAGUGCUGGCUGUGCUGCUGUGUGGGGGUGAACAGGAAGAUCAGAGGAGUGCAGGUGUUGACGUCCUGUCUGAUGUCGGCGAUGUUGCAGCAGUGAGGGGGCUGCGGAAAUUGUCACCACAGGGCAUGCAGGUCACAGAGAAUUUCCCAGGGUUCAACAUCAGUCAGCAAGUAGCAUCAGAGUUCCUGAAGAGGAUCUAUGGCGAGAUCAGCAUAUCCUUCACAGCCCAUGCAGAGGAGGCCCACAAGAUUCGUCUCCUGGAAAUAUACCAACCUGGGAAGAAACUGCCAUAUUUGGAGUCGUAUCUCAACUUGAAGAGCGGGAAUGUGGUUGUCCGUUAUCAGGGAACCAAAUCGUUCCAGCGGGUUGUGGUCAAGAAGGUUCUCCCUGCAUGGAAAUGGAGUUCUCUAGAGCUGAAGUUAAACAGAAGCAGUUUACAGGUGUCUGUUGACUGUGACAACACACAUGUGGCGUCGCUACGGCAACCACUUGCGCCACCGCCAGAGGAAGCUGAAGUGUGGGUUGUGAGAAAAACGGAGACUGAUAAACAGAUGAAGGGCAUUGUGUUUGAUGUGAGGCUGUACCCGUCAACAGGUGAUCACACAGACAGGUGUAAAGACUUCCUCCACACAGGUGUGACACAGGUACAAGCAGAUGACAGUCAGGGAGCAGGCCGCAGCAGGGGACCCAGUGUCAGGCGGGAUGACAACAUGGAGGAUCGGGUGUUGCUGCUUGAGAGACAGCUAGCACAGAUUGUCAUCACCAUGGAUACACUCAAAGCUCAGAAUGUAGACCUGAGUAAUCGCGUGGGGUACCUGGAAACAUGCGAGUGUCGCCCUCUAUGUUCCCACGGUGGAGUGGUGUAUGGUGAAGGACAGACCUGGUCACCUGACCUGUGUACAGUCUGUCAGUGUGUGAGUGGCCGACCGGAGUGUAGUGUUCGCCCAGACAUACCAUCCUGUCAGAGUGAGUGAAGAUAAUUCAUACUAUCGCACAUGUCACCUCAAUCCAUUCUUAGCAAACAGUAGAUAUCUGUGAAG